GUGCCAUUCGCAACGUGGUUGCACAUUUUAUUUCGUUUGUAUUAUUUUAAUUUGUGCAUAUAUAUAAAAUGUAUGCACCAAAAUUAUUAAGAAUCGUAUCAAUUUGUAAUCGUAAUUUAGUUGUAGCCACACGUCAAUUGUUAUCUAGUCAACAAUAUUUACAAUCACAAAAUGUUAUCGUUAAUUUACAACGAUAUAAAUCGAAUGUUAAGAGUAAGAGUUUAACUAGUGUAUUAAUUAGUUCGAACAGCAGUCCCGAUGACAGUAAAAAUGUGUCCAAGGAAAAAGUGCAGAAAAAACGUCGUCGCAUCAUCAGCAGCGAUAGUUCCAGCGAUGAUGGUAACAGUCCGGCCAAAAGUAAACCGGCUGAAAAUGAGAUGUCGCCGCCGACAAAGCGAAAAUCAACAAGUACAGUUGUAAAGCAAGAGGAAAUUUCGCCAGGUAAAGAGAAUGACAAGAGCAAAAAGAAUGAAACAGCAAAGAAAACACCAAUUUCAACUCCGGUCAAAACCCCGAUAAAAACUCCGAAAAAAUCGCCGACCAAAACGUCGUCGAAAAAGAAGACACAACCGAAAUCGGAUACAAAGACAAAAUCAAAGAAGACAUCACCAUCACCGGCCAAAGUUAAAGAAGAAAAAAUGGACACCAGCCCAUCUGAAGCGAAAGAAGAAAAACCAAAACCACAUCCAUUCUUCACCAAACCAAAGGAUCAAGCGACCGAUGGCAAACCAGAUGAUCUCUCAUACAAUCCAGGCAAAGCCAAUUACCAUCCCAUCAAAGAUUGCUUCUGGAAACAUGGAGAAAAAACACCAUACUUGGCUUUGGCACGGACAUUCGAGGUGAUUGAAGAGAAUUCCAGUCGAUUGCGUAUGAUUGAAAUUCUGGCCAACUUUUUUCGAUCGGUCAUUGUACACAGUCCAUCCGAUUUGGUGGCAUGUGUUUAUUUAUCGCUUAACAAAUUGGCACCGGACUAUGAAGGUUUGGAAUUGGGCAUUGCCGAAACGUCAUUGAUGAAAGUGAUUGCAAACACAACGGGUCGUAGUUUGGCUCAAAUCAAAGCCGAUGCACAAAGCACCGGUGAUUUGGGCAUUGUGGCCGAGAAAUCAAAGAGCAAUCAACGCAUGAUGUUUACACCCGCUGCAUUGACUGUGGACGGUGUGUUUACAAAAUUAAAAGAUAUCGCAAAUCUGAGUGGACAUUCGGCAAUGAAUAAGAAAGUUGAUAAAAUCCAAUCGAUUUUCGUGGCAUGUCGACAUUCAGAAGCACGUUUCAUUAUGCGAUCACUAUUGGGUAAGCUUCGUAUUGGUUUAGCGGAACAAUCACUAUUGCAAGCACUGUCACAGGCCUGUGCCUAUACACCACCCAAUCAGUAUGCAAACGGAGAAUCAUUCCCACCACAAGUGAUUAAUGCAAAACCAACAAAAGAACAAAUUGAAGAGGUUGCUUUGACAAUCAAAACAACUUACUGCCAAUGUCCGAACUAUGAUCGUAUUUGUGAUGUGUUGUUGAAACAUGGUGUUGAAGAAUUAUUGGAAAAAUGUCAAAUGGCACCAGGCACACCAUUAAAGCCUAUGUUGGCUCAUCCAACGAAGGGAGUUUCAGAGGUGUUACAACGUUUUGAUGGCAUUAAAUUUACAUGUGAAUACAAAUAUGAUGGUGAACGUGCUCAGAUUCACAUUGCCGAGGAUGGUACAGUAAGUAUUUACAGUCGAAAUCAAGAGAACAAUACAACCAAAUAUCCGGACAUUAUCGCUCGAAUCGGCGAUGCAAAAGGUGCCGACGUAAAAUCGUGCAUUUUGGAUUCAGAGGUUGUGGCUUGGGAUGAAGAACGUAAGCAAAUUCUACCGUUCCAAGUGUUGAGUACACGCAAGCGUAAAGAUGCCGACAAAGAAGAAAUCAAAGUGAAAGUGUGCGUUUAUCUAUUCGAUUUAUUGUACCUUAAUGGUGAACCAUUGGUGACAAAACCAUUUGCGGAGCGUCGUCGUCUGUUGUAUGACAAUUUCAAAGAGGUUGAGGGUGACUGGAAAUUUGCCACCUCACUCGACACCAACGACAUCGAUGAAUUGCAAUCAUUCCUAAACGAAUCGAUCAAAGGUAACUGUGAAGGUUUGAUGGUGAAAACUCUGGAUGAUACAUACGAAAUUGCCAAACGAUCGCGAAAUUGGCUCAAAUUGAAAAAAGACUAUUUGGAAGGUGCUGGAGAUUCGUUGGAUUUGGUGGUGAUCGGUGGAUACAAAGGCAAGGGCAAACGAACUGGAACUUAUGGUGGUUUCUUGCUCGCAUGUUAUGAUGCUGAUAACGAAGAGUAUCAAUCGAUUUGUAAACUUGGCACCGGGUUCAGCGAUGAUGAUUUGGUUAAACAUUCGGAAUUUUUGAAGCAACACGUCAUUCCAUCACCAAAGUCGUAUUAUCGCUUCGAAUCGUCACUUGAGCCCGAUGAUUGGUUUGACGUUGUACAAGUUUGGGAAGUACUAUGUGCUGAUCUCUCACUCAGUCCGGUUCAUCAAGCAGCCAAAGGCAUUGUUGAUCAAGAGAAAGGAAUCUCAUUGCGAUUUCCCCGAUUCAUUCGUAUUCGCGAUGAUAAAUCCGCUGAAGAUGCAACAUCCGCUCAACAAGUUGCUGACAUGUACUCGAAUCAAGAUCAAAUCAAAAACCAAGAAAAAUCCGGAAACAAAAACAUUGAAGACGAUUUUUAUUGAGGCCCUACUCGAAUUUGCGUUCAAUUGUAUUUUCGUUAUAGUAAUGUUGGUCAUUUAUUCACUAUAUGUCGGUGAAUGAGUUUUUUUUUGUACUAGUUAAUAAGGAAAAGUCAAAUUAUAAAAUGAGAAUUGUUUUGUUUAGUUGAAUUUGGAAUUCAUAUACAAUUAUUGCAAAUUUUUUCAUUAUCAUUCGUAAAUAUUUUUUUGUUCAUUUUUGUUUCUCAUUGCGGAUCCAAUGAAUGUAAGAAUGUUGUUCUUCGCAAUCAUUUCUAAACGUAGUCCUUUAGUAUAUAUUGAAAUGCGUAAAUAAAUAAAAAAACAAAGACUCCCUGUUCAAAGUGACAUAAAAUGUAAA